AUGGAAAAUAUUAACGAUCAUUGUAAUAAAGAGGAAAAUGAAUUAAAUAAAUCUAAGAAUUCAUCGGAUGGUAAUGGUUGUGCUGUACGAGAAGCAAGUAAUGUAAUACUGUUGGUAUCGAAUAGUUCGGAAACUGGCAAAUACAUUCAAACAUUAUGGUAUCUGAAACAUAUUAAUAGCACAGUUGCAAUCGAAACAUCAAAUGAAGAUGAGAAUGAAGUAGAGAUUGUGAAAAUCAGUGCUCGAGAUGGUGAUGAAGUGCACAAUGAUGAAAAGCUACUGGUAACAAGCAACACACUAAUAUCAUAUGUUGCGCGAAGUUAUCGUUUUGUUUUUGUCAUUGAUAUCAGUCCUUCUACUUUCAUUGUGGAUGGGGCAGCAAGUUGUGUGCCACAUUCAAAAAUUAUCAACCGAUUACAACAAUGCCUGGAAGGACUUCUUGUGGAUGGAAAUUUUCUACCAGCAAAUAAAUUUUCUCCCGAAAUAUUUAUUACGAUUUGUUUCUAUAGUCCAUUUAUUGCUUUCGAUGAGGAUAGAGUUAUAGUGCAAGGUUAUUUGCUUACGAAAAAGAAUAUCGAUUGUAUUCUACAAUAUGUCCAAGAACGGUUUGCAUUGUUCUCUAAUAGACUAUGUUGGACUGUACAACCUCAUUUGAGAAAGUGGAAUCACGAGCGAAAGAAAUUACGACAGAGAGCUGGAGAUCUUCUACCGGAAAAUUUCUUUCGGCAACAAUCCCACGCAACGGAUGGAUUCAGGGAUUCAAUGCACGGCCUGUUAGCUGCUCAAAUGACUUCUCGGACUAGUCGUACUGAUGAAGGAUUUAUUAAUUCAGAGUGGUCACUGAUGUUUAUGCUACGAGUUGGUCUUAUUGGUUUACAAUUGCUACCAGACACAGCGCAACCCAACAUAGUAUUGAUAACGGAUGCAGUAUGUAAUGUAACAGAUAUACACGCUUUACAAAAAUUAAUGGUUCAACUACGAAAUUACUCCAUCGCUUGUUCAUUUAUACAGAUUCAAGGAGAUUGCAAUACGAAUGCUGUGUUUGGACAUUUCUCAUCACCCGGUUUUUUGACUUUUCUUGCAAGGGGAACAUCAGGCAUCUAUAUACCGGACGAAUAUCAAGCUACCGCAGAUAAUGGUCUUGAUCCAGUUCAAAGUCAAUCACUUUUAUGCAAGAAUCUUCAGCUGUUGGAUACAUCAGAUAAUUAUAUUAAAGAUCUCAUUCAGCAAAUUAAUCCAGAGUUUGUUGAACCAUACACUUGUGGUGUUAUUCGUAGAAUGCACUACAGUAUGGAGUAUGAAUCAUAUUUGGAGUAUUUUAUACGUUUACGUCUUCAUGAGGGUUUUAUACUACGUGAAUUGAGAGUAUUGAAAAAAGGGGAUGAUCAGUCAUCGAUAUUGGUAGAACUUAGUCUACCUUGGAAACCGCAGGUGACAAUUGGCUAUAAAAUUUGCGCUCUCUCCGAAGAUUAUACAAAGAGAGCAAAGUUGAAAAUAACGGUAAUAUGUGAAGCACAAUGUGGCAUAAUACGGGAUUUGUUAUCCGAUCGUUGUUCCAUAAAUACAACAAAGCAGACUUUUUCAGAUGCAUAUCGACAUACUAUUUUUAGAUUGCUUGAAACGGAUCGUAUGUUAAUUCACGUUCAUUCAUUCAAUUCUUUGCCAGAUAUUUUUCGUCUUCCACCUGAAGUAUUAAAAGAAAAGUCAUUGUUUCGCUAUGUUAUAAAAGAAAACAAAGCUGUACUAACCAUAAGUACCAGAGAAUUGGAAACUUUAUGCUCACAAAAUGUUACCACAGCAAAUUUUGUCGAAUUUUGGCGGAUUAUAAGUGAAUUUGAAGAAAGACUUUGGCAAAGUUGGUCACAAGUAUACACUUUUCGUGUAAUUCUUACUCAUGAUCAUCCGUUGCCUCCACGAUUAUUUCUAUUCGAGGAACCGAAUGUAAAAGUUACAUCGCAGCUUUCAUUAGCUGUAUUUUAUGAUAUGCUGGCACAAAUGACAACAUUUUCGCUUGUUCAUGGACAAACUUAUGUAAAGUUUGUUGAAGAUGAUAAUGAUAAUCAUAUCCCGAAAUCAUUCUAUAUUGUCAAAUUAAAUUUGGAGACUCAGUUGGUUGUAAUCAAACUUGCAUUCCUUGAUGGCCUUACGGUUGCGUUUAGAGAACAAGUAAUCAGAGAAUUCCAGAGAAACUUCACCUCACUAUCCAUUGAACGGAGUUGCUUUUUCACUAAAAUGCUUGAAUUUGCUGAUGUUGGAGACGACUGUGCCACAGUUGCCGAAACAAUGCAAUUGCCAGCACUGACUAUUAUUAAUCGUCCAUUGGAAGUAAUGCUUGCACGUUACAAGAAAAUUCCGCUUAUAUUAAAUCGAAUUAUACGACUUGAAAAAACCGAUGAAACAAAUCGUGAUCUGAUACUGCACAAUUCACUUGCUAAGUAUUUUUGUUGCAGACGUUAUAUUUGGUAUUUAAAGAAAGCAUUUCCGUUAUCAUCAUCUGUCAGUUGCAUUUAUGCGGAUUUUAUUCUUCACACUAUUCUGCAGAGACGUCUGAAUGAAGGAUUUCAUAUAGUGUAUGGUGAUAAUGGGAUAAUUAACCUUGUCAAACAUGUCGAUGAUAUGGAACAACAGCUGCACUGUGGGUCAGCAGUGCUUCAAUAUAUCAUAUUUCCACCAACAACCAUUCGACCUAUGCGAAUUAUGAAAGAACAUUUAGAAAAAAUUCCACCUUUAUCAAAAAUCGUUCGAAUACGUGGAGUUGAAACAAAGAAAUCAGUUCCAAGUGGUAAUUCCACAUUGAAAAGUGAUCUUGAUUUACAAUUAAUGACGGAAAUGUGGUUGGAACCGCUUGCUGUUGUUGAUCCUCAAUAUGUUACAUGGAGUGGAAUUAUUCAACAGCAAAUUCGAGCAACAGAUGAAGAUAUCAUCUGUACGUUAUCAACAUUGGAUCAAGUAAUGUCUCUAUGUUCACAGCAUUAUUCAUGCUCACAUUUCACACUUACUAAUUGUGAAGAUAGCUGGGAAUGUUUGAAAUGCGAACAUCUCUCAAGAAAUGUGGAAAUUAUGCAUAAUUGUUUCUGCUUACGAUCAUUACUGAUGAAUGCAACAGAACGAGAACUUUUAUUAUUACCUACGCUAAGUUAUCAAGAUGCUGAUCCACCAAGUAAUAUACGUUUACGAAUUCUUCUUGAAAAUUUACAUUGUGAACUGGCAAAAGCAAGUAAUGUUACAAUAGAAGUACGAAAUCCGAAUUUCUGGUUGGAAAUUACCGAUGGUAUCGAUCAAUCUGUUCUAAAAAGGCUUCCCACUAAGGAUCAUCAAAGAUUAAUUGGUACGAAUGAUGGACAUUUUUGCCCUACACGUGUUUACGUGUCACGUCUUUCACCAUGGCGUGUUGUUAUCAUUGCUCUAUUAGUAAAUCCUCAACAUGUUCUAAUGGCAACUUCUCUCAUCAUACCAACAUUACCGCUUCUUAUUUUUCAUUGUGAUGAGCCAUGGAUAGCUCAUCAUUUAGCUCGAAAUGAACCACGGCGAUGUGAGACAUACGUAUCAGAUCAUCGUACCAAAAGUCCAACUUCAACAUUGGCACAUUUGAAUCGACAGAUUCGGAAAACUGAAAACUUCACAAAGAUGGAAAAGAAUGAAUUGGAAUUACAUUGGUUGUCAACUUCCCGGAUAAGUCCGGCUGAAAAUCGUGUUCAUACAUCCUUUGACAUACACUCUUACUGUGAAGCCAUUGAGGACCAGUUAUUUUCUCGGGCACUUAUUGGAGCCGUAUAUCAAUGUUUGUUGCUAGGUGUACAUAUUCCGUAUGAAGAUUUGGUAGAAGUAUUGGAGGACCGUUGUGAGCAAUCUUAUAUCGAAGUUGAGGGCAUUGAUGAAUGUGUCCGUUUCCUAUGCUCACAUGUUGCAAAUAUACGUAAACAGAUGGGAGAUUCGAUAGCGGAUGCGGAUGAUGAAACAAGAAGCAAUGAUUUAUUCAAAGAUGAUAUUUUAUAUAGAUUAAAUGAUGGGGAUAUGAAGUCAUGUGAGGAAGAACAAGAGGAUUUUCGAUUCGCAUUUGAUGAGCUUCUUUUACAGAAUUUCCGGAAAAUUCCCAAUUUUCCAAGUUACUUCUAUUUUGUUCGAGAUAAUGCAACAUACAUGGCCAAUAAGAAUUUAACAAUAAAUUUGCCUGAAACGAAGAAUUUUAAUAGUGGUAGUUCACCUUGUGAAGAUUUGGAAAUUUGCUAUAUUGAAGAUGAUGAAGAUAUGAAAGAAAGAGAAGACGAUAGUGCAAGAAGUAACCAAUCAAGUAUCAGUUUCGAAUCAGUUACUACAUCUGAGUUAUCAGUUGGUGAAACAUUACAUUUGAGUGAUAAUGCUGCCGUACCGUUAUUCUUGAAUUUUUCUUGUGCAGUACGUUUUUCUAACAUGGAUAUGUAUACAUUUCCCAUCGAUCACUUACCAUCCUGUGUUAUGCAAUUACUAAAGCAAUGUUCAAAUAUUUCAAAAAAAAAUUUUACAGCAAUGGAUUUAAUUGGAAUUUCGUUUGAUAUCUAUGUUUUGUCAUGGCCUAUGCGACAAUUCACUUUAACACAGUCUGAUUCAUGUACAGUUACACCAAAAACGCCGGAUAAGUCUGAAUCAUUUCACAAAUUUACUACUUAUUUUGAUUUCGAUAGCCCUUAUUCUACAACAACUUCUGAUGUUAUCAGCCAACUACCAAGUCCGGAAAACGAAGCAGUUCGUCGGUUAGAAUGCGGAAUUACACGUUUACUUCACAUGGAAACAGUGUUUGUGUUAUCAAGAUAUGACGAUGUGACGCUUGACACAAUGCACAAAGUAAUGGUAUUCAUUGCCAAAGAGCAACGUGAAAAGAAUGAUACGAUUCGGUUCAAAGUAAAAUUACUGCAAAUUGUUAUGGUAAUGGAACAGGUAAAAGCUGUACGUCGUUUAAAAGAGCGUAUUAAAAAUUUUAAUCUGCUCUACUGUAAACUGGAAGCGCAUCCGGAAUCCAGUAACUUGUUUUAUUGCUGUCAUGUGGAAGAUGUUGACCUUUAUGAAGAUACGUUGAGGAUGCAAAUGCGUACUGCAGCUAAUGUAACACUGAAGUCUUCACGACGAAGUAGCGGAAGCUUCACAGAGCGUAUCGAAGAGCAGAAAAGCUUGACAUUAGCAAGGAAAGUUUCAAGUAUGGAAGUAUUGAAUUCCAAGAUUUCACGAGAUAAAAUAACAAAACGGAGAGAUAGCAGUGUACCGGUUUUAAAAGCUGAUCGUAGACUUUCCGAAGAUUAUGCAUAUCACUCGGGAAUUGCAGAACGGACUUGUUAUAAUGAUCAUGAGCUGCGUGAUUUCUGGAUUAUUUUAAAUGUUGAAAUGCAACAGAUACAAGCAUUCUUUUGUGAAAGGUAUGCACAUCAUCAUGAAAAAAUUUUUGGGCUUCUUUUGGAAGCAAUACAGAAAGAAUGUCAUACCAUCAAUCAGGAGCUUUUACUGGAAAAAAUGCAUUCAAUUAGCGAAUGCGAUGAUUUAUUAAUCGAGAAUGAAACAGAGUCGCAUAAAUUUAUUCCGUCAGAUUUGCAUGAUUCAAUCCCUGAUACAAAAUUAACUCGUUCUUUGAUAAAUAAGUGUACAGCACCGAGGGCUAAGAAGAAUUUCAGUUUUUCAUAUUCCGAUGAGGAUGAAAUGGAUGCUGCACCAUAUAUGCCAGCACGGGUAUUUUAUCCUCCUGGUCAUUUUGCUUGUCGAAUCGUAACGCAUCAUUGGUUUUACGUACAUCCUCGGUUACACAUCGAAAAGAAAGGAGCAGGAUGCUCCUUAGUAAUGGGAUAUGAUGCUUUGCGCCAAGGAAUUGAACAAUUUGCAGUUCGAAAUCGUCGUAACCUUUAUGUUUGUUGUGAAGAUAACAAACGAAAUGUAUUUUACAUGCAGCUUUUUGCUAGUGAAGAAAGUUUUAGAAAAAGAUGCUUACAUUGUGAUACAACUUUUAUCGAUGAGAUGAGUGAAAAUUUUCAAAAUAAUAUACUACUGACAGUACACGGAAUUCAUGAACCUACCGUAAUAAUUCAAUCAAUUGUGGAUGCUAUGCAGAAGCGACUCGAAUUAAAAGUUUUGGAAGAGUUAACCGAUAUUUUAUACAAAAAUCCCCGAAUACGACUAACGGCAGCUGAUAUCGAAUUCAUUCAACGAGAUCCGGCUAAGCCAUUUGCAGUACAUUACUGCACUUUACCGAACUAUAUUUAUGGUUAUCUGGGAUCACUCUACUAUUACAUGUACCAGCAAAUGCUUACAUUCACAGCAGGAGCUCGAUUUCGGGACUGUAGCGGAGGUUUGAACAGAAAUAGUCCACUGUCACACGAACGUUUCCAUUCUCUGCCCGGUUCUCAAACGGCUUGCAAUAAUUAUAUUCCACAUUUCUUUCUAAUAAGCAGGCCACCGACAAAGGGUUCAUCAAAUAUGGGAAUUGCUUGUGUUGAGACACGCAUAGUAAAUUCCAGUGGUACUUGCAUCGAUUCGCUGAAGUAUGCUCGAAUCAGCCCAAGCACUCACUCGAAAUUAUAUCCAGGUGGUGGUAAAUUUCGUCUUUCAUCAAAUGAACGUUUUCAUGAACUGACGCGUUGUAUCACUACAUCACUCCCUUUGCCGGAUUCAUUGUUUUCCGAAAAAACAGGUGGCGUAUCAUAUUUGGUUCAGUAUACAAUUUGGCAAGUGGGCGAUGUUGGCUUAGCAACUUUACAACCAAUAUUUCGAUUAGCUUUACAGCAGGCGCUCUGUGAUUUAAUAACUGAAUUUGGUCUUUUAAGUAUUCCUUUAGUGGAACUUGUUAGCAACACUCGAUAUUCAUCUUCAAAUACUCUGAUCGUGCCAUAUGUUACAAGUGAGGAAAGAAUAAGAUCGUGUAGUGACGCAUCACAUUUAAAUAUUGUGGCAAAGCCAAUUCGAAAAACUGAAUCGCAUGUACAACCACCACUCCUAGAACAUUUGUCGCAACAAGCAGUUGUUCGCAAAUCAAAAAGUUCUGCAAACAGCAAUGAUUGUGAAUCAAAUGUCACAGUCAAUUAUCAAUUUAUUAUGGUUGCUGCACAAUGGUUCGAUCAUGUUGUUUCGGAAGUAAAGAAUACGGAGCAUCAAUUUUCCGUGAAAAGACACACAUUUCACUGUGAAAGCGAUCAUUCUGUUCGAAAGAUCUUCAACGUUAUACAGGAUAAAUUAUCUGCUAUUCUGAGGCGCGAAACCAUCAUAAUAUGCCAACUAGAUGCGCAUGGUUCAAAGCGUUUUUCAGCACAAAACUCGUCAAAUGAUGAUAUCAUAACUUUUAGUAAUGAUAGUGGUCGAAUAAUUGCGGGCGAAAAUGAAGAACCUUCACUAAUAAUGCUUGCUUACAAUCACCAAUAUUCAGAGGCAAUAUUAAAAUAUGGCGCAGAUUCACGCUCAAAUAUUAUACCAACAGCUGUGGAAGAAAUCUUACAUGACCAAAAAGCUAGCUCAAUGCGUUUUUUACCACAAAUAGCUCCAUUUGUUCCAAGACAGCAUCUGUUAUAUCUAUUGUCGAAGGGUGAAACUGCAACCUUAUAUCUGUACAAUUAUUCGUCGGAUGCCGCAGAACAAGUUUAUCAGAUGGUCGCAAAUGUAUUAUCGUGGCAGAAUGCCCGAUCAAGAUUGCUUCGAGAAAUUGGUUUACAUAAAAUGGGUGUAACACAUUUAUCUGGUCGAAUUACUCCAACAAGUGAAGAAUUGGUUUGGCUAAAUAGUGAGCUGUUGAGUGAAUAUGAAAUUCCACAGCAUGGAUCUGUUCAUUUCGAUAAAAGAUUAGUGAGCGGAACGCAUUACAUCCAAGCUGAACCAUUAAUGCAUCUCUAUCGGCAUACAACCUUGGCUUUUUUACCACUUAAUUUGAAUAGUGACAACCUGUUCGAAGAUCAGUGCUCUCAGAUGGUUUUCCUUGAAAAAAUGAUGAAAUCAAUGCUUCACAAUUGUGAGAACUUCAAUCGGAUACACAGUGAAUUGAUGAGUGGAACCCAUGAAAUCAGAGAAUCUGAUUUACUGAAAAUUGUUUCUCAUAGUCGGAUAGUACAUUUUGUUCGAUCACCUCUGUUACUUUUUCCAAAAUGGCGUAAAUUAGUAGCAGUUGUUCGAAGAGGAACGGAAAAUGCAAUGAGUUUUAAACAGGCAGUGAUAGCCGAUUUACCAUCGAGGCAUGUCAGUGGUUCGAAAGCGUCACUUCUCGAAAACACUUCAUCAGUGUCACAUGUGCGCACAACGCGUUCAAAUACCUUCAGUGCAUUAUUGCAUUCAUCAGAUCGUACUUUACGAAAGUUAACAAAAAAUUUAGAAGAGGAUGAACCGUGUUGCCUGAAGAUACAGUUUAUGCUUGUUGAGAGUUAUGUGAAAUAUCUAACAAAAAAUGGAUUAAGAUUGUUGGACGUUACACAUAUAACAGGACAAGCGAGUGCUCGGUACAGUUUGCACUAUGAUAUGCAGAAUACCGAAUCAUCACCUAACGUAUGGAUGUAUAAAGCUUAUGACGGUGGUAUUCUAUUCGUUCACAUUACAAUCAUUGAGCCACAUUUCAGUGUUCAAUAUUUGCUUUGGAAUGUUGCACAGUUAAAUCGAUUAAGAAUAAAGUGUGAUAAGAAUUUCGAUUAUAAUGAUCAAAGAGACCUUUAUGCAUUGAAGGAUAGCAUUAUAUCAAAGGCUCACGUUCAUUCAUUUACCUAUGAUUUCCAUUUACGUAUGGUUGCUACAUAUUUAAUUGGUGGACAGCAGGUUCUUUUCAAUUACGGAUACAAUACGAACGAGUUUUUAACUGAUUUUUUGCAGUACUAUAAUUGUCGUCCACCUUAUGCUUGUAACUGUAUAUAUGAAGAAAAAAUAACAUUUCCUAAUCUGCCCGUAACAAACCAGAAAGUUUGGGAAUAUCUGUUGGAUGAAAAACGUCAUAACUGGCGUAUAGUACGUUUGAAAACAAUUGAAAUGGAUAUGCCUGGACAAUUUAUGAUUGUUGCGGAAGAUGAUACGGAGUGUUUUGGAUUCGCCUAUAAGGAAAUUCGAACAAUCGUUCAUGAAAAUCAACUUUAUGCUACAAAAACACUGAAUAUAAAAUUCUAUGUUAUGUUGGUUUCGCAUGAAAUAAUUGAUCCACUAGUCGAGAAUUUGGAGCCAGAUGCAAAUUGUAAACAUAAUGCAAAAAUAAGUGGUGAAUUUAAAAAACUCGGUUUGAAUGUAGACUGCAAUACGGAUAGCUAUCGAAAAAGUACCGAAGGCAUUGUAACACAGAAUAAUUCCAACAAUGCAUGGUGUGCACCGACCACUCAUACCAGACGAAGAUGUCAUAGUGGCGACAAUAAUGGAUCACCAAAAGAAGCAACACUUCCACGCAAUUAUUCAAAUGGAAUGAAAUUAGAUGAAUGUCAUUCAGUGUCAGAUGAAAAAACUCAGACACCAAAGGCAAAAGCGCAAAAAUUAUCUAUUCUAAACAAUGCACCUUUGAGACAUCGCAAGAUACGACCAAAUUUUCGAGGUGGUAUAAGACUAUCAGAUCCACCUGUGAUAGUGCCACGUGAACAAGCAUUUUACAUCUAUUACAUGAGUAGACGGCAGAAAAGGUUGCAAAAAGAACUGGAAGAUAGUGUAAUGCAUUAUAAACGUAAGCUACAAAUGAUAAUUGAGGAUGCUGUAUGGCAUUGCAAAAGAAAUCAGCUUUGGGAUGACAUGUUGGAAAAACAUGUGACAAAACGUGAAACUGUUGAAGUGACCGAACAAUGGAAAUUAUUAGCUCGUCACAGUAAUGAUAUAACAUCAGUAUUACGGCUAGCACUUUCAACAUCUCUUACAACCACAGAUGUAGACAAUUUAUUGGGUUAUGUUAAAUCUGAAUCAUUGACUAAUUAUGAACCAUUAUUGGAAUCACUAGUCAGUAAUCUGAAUCCUGGACUUUUCUUCAAAUUGCUCAUUCAACAUUUUGGUCUGCAAAAAUGUCGAUUAUUCUGUUCAUCCGUGAAGGAGCAUCUUGUGAUCAUCACUCCUGAAGCUCAACAAGACGUAUUUCUUUUCACGGCUCAAAAUGAUGAACCUUUACAAAUGAAAUUACUUGCAAAGGAGCGUAAAUGCAAUGAAUCUGGAUCAUUAUUGAUGGAAGCAGAUCAUUCAGUACGAGAGCAGUUCAAUGAAUUAGUUCGUUGUGCUGCUUCUUCUACUUGGAUGAAUUUAGUGCAUAGUAGCUUAAUGAAUUAA